AUGAAAGAUCACGUUACCUAUAUCCUGGUUGGUCUGGCCUGUCUUGGUUUGGUAAUUCUGAUUAACUUGAUCGCACUCUGGGCCUGUCAGCGAAACCGUAUUCGGCGCCUGUCCGUUGCUGCUGCAUCAAACGAACGGUCAAAAAAAACUCGCCGACCUCGUGAGAUUGACUCUCUUCGAUCAAGAAAGCAUCAAACUAAUAGGUAUUCUAUCAGUCAGGCUGAAGAGAUAACAGUAAUUCCUGGAUCGGCAUGCAGACGACUGGCACGCACCUACGACGACACGGCCGACGACAUCAGUGAGGCUUCAGCAGGUGAUUACGACGAUGAUGAGAAUGCAUCUGGAACGCUGAAUCGUGCAUGCAUGUUAAGGAAAGAGAGAGAAGAUGAAGACGAUGAAGAAGAAGGGGAGGGAGAUGAUAAACUGGAACGGGACAAGUGUGAAUCACGGACAGCCAUUGCUGCCGGCUGGUUCCUGGGGGGGCAUAGGCGCGGCUCCAGUCAGAAACCAGUUGGUAUGGAACGGAGACGAGAGUGCACCCGAGCUCGCACUAAAUCCACAACGAAGCUGUGUGCCUCACAACGUUUGGUUAACGGAAAAACGGACUUGCAACUUGGAUCUCCGGUAAACGCUCCUACAGCGCCAGGCUCUUUGAUAGGCCGUCUUGGUCAUCUUGAGUACGCCAAUUUUAUGGCGACAUCCAUUCCUUCCACAGUCACUGGCACUGCUUCUUCCUCUGACCUGAUAUCUGGGGUAUUCACAUCACAAUUUCAUUAUCCUGUACACCACAGCCAACUUCCACAGCAACAUCACCAUCAAUUACCAGAGCAACUGACUCCGUCUCCGAUAGUUGCAUCUGGAUCUCCGACUUUUUACUCGGCCCUCGGACACCCUGUUUCCCCAACUGGUACCACUGGUAGUAUCAGUUUGAGCACCAAUGGUAGCCUUGCUAGGCCUGCCCUCGCUGAUAGCCUCCUAGCUUGUCAGCCAUAUUCCAGCCUCCUUAAUUGCCAGCAUCUUCGGAUUGAUUCGUCGAGUCAGGCUUUGGGAACACCUUGUCUCGGAAGCAGUCCAACUACAUCACCUUCACAGGCCACGGGGUCAGCAAAAACAGUGCCAAUGCCGCCGCCAUACUCAGCCCUCUUCGAUGGCUCAUCGACAAAUGCACUUCUCGGUUGGCAAACGGGUGGUCUUCAGAACACUCUUCAUUCUGGUCAUUCUAAUCCUCUUUGUCAUCCGGGCCACCCAGGAUACUUGCAUCACGCCCAUCAUCCGCAUUCAACACCUCCGCCACACCAAGCAGUCGGAGCACUUACUGCGGGGCUUAGUUGCAGCAGCGUAGCCAGUGCGGCAAGUGGCGGCAGCUCAGGAAACAAGGGUAACAGCGGCAGUGGAGGUGCCUGUUCUUUAGCUACUCCUGGUACUGGCGGGAUGUGCGGCAGUGGAUUGUUGGUCUAUACCUCCGGACUGACAGGGGCUCGUGCUGGUCUAAGCUCUUUUCCUUUUGCCUCUCAGACGAUGACAGGAAAUGCACGAUCUACUCCUCCAUGUCAAUUACCUUAUCCGGUUCCUGUAGUCAGGGAUUGGCGAACAACUUUACAUGGUGACGAUACCCCACUUCAACAGCAUCAGUUUAGCUCUGGACUUGGAAUAAGAAUAGCUUCCUGCUCAACUGGCACUUCUUGGAUGGACCAGCCUUCCGUUUCAUUUGCUCCAAUGAACUCAUUUGCCAUCCAGCCGAUUCUCGGGGAUGCCGGAGUUGUCCGUAGCGGAGUCGUUGGAGGAGUUGGCUAUGGGAGUGGCCUGGAUUCGUUUGGGACAACUGAGGGAUGUAAUGACGAGGGUGCAGCCAUACCUGGGCUCGAAGUGCCUAUGUCAUCGUCAUUUGCAUAUUUGCAACAGCAUCAUCAGCAUCAGAAACUUCUACAAGAACUUCCCCAUGCUGUACCAACCCCAACGAUGCAACAGACAGUAUGGUCCUCCGGUCUUUCUUCUACACGCACAACUAUACCCUCUUGCGACAUCUCUGAUCAUAUCUGUCGAUAUCAGGACAAACCCAGCAACAACAUCGAUUGUGUAAGAGAGAUCAACGACAUUGAUAGUGGUACCGGAAUUUCUGCAAUGACGAAUACUAGGACUGUUGGUGCCCUUGGCGUCUUUGGUGGUGAUGCACGUGGUGUUUUUGCUGAUGUCAGUGAUAUUGGUGGUGGCAGUGGAACGCCUAAGGGAAGUUCAGCUGUCAGUGAGUUGCCCUGUUCAUUUCCUGGGCCUCGACAUCCCAAUUUGGGGCGACCCUUCUUACUCCAGUUAUCUACGUUUAAACGAAGUCCAACUAGCGGCCUUGGCGAAACGGUUAGUGGUUCCAGUGGGAGCCCGACUGCCGGUUUGCCUGAUGGCUCAGCCUUAGCCAGAACCGUCAGUUUGGCUUAUCCUAAGGCUGUCGGGCUGCAUUCACCCGGUAUGAUGCAAAAGCAGCAUUUGCAACUGCAACCAUCUGGCAGUAGUGCUUUGCUCAAAUCCGACCUGCCGGUUUUCGCUGGUGGUGGCGCCUUAUGCGAUUCGCCCUUCGAUACAGAGUUACAACCCGUACUAAUUGGGCAACCGACAAUACACACAUCAUUGGGCCAUGGAAUGAAUACAUCACCGAAUGUUCUACAUCUUGAUAUUGCUAAAACUCGAGAACCUAGUCUCGUAUUGCCAGCGUAUCCUCCAGUCGAUCUUUUGUCACCGGGUCUAGACUCACUUAAUUUGGUCACGCAACGACAUAAAAUUCAUCCAGCUUGUGGACCACAGCAGCUCGAGGUUUCAGGACCAAGAUCGAUCUCGCAAAUAUUGGUCUCUGACCGGGAAGGCUUUGCGUCUGUCGAUAAGGACGAUAGGCCAAACAAGAAAGAUCUAAUUGAUGACAUCCAGGUAUUUUCACCGUUUUUGUCUAUUCUACAACUCCUUUAG